ACUGCGUCAGAAAUGAAAAGAUUUUUGGAAUGAUUCGAUCACUUAGUAUUAUAGCGGAAGAGGAUGCCUGCUAUUCAAGCAUUUCGGCUCGUCUAUUUAUCUGUCGUCUUAUUUAAUAAACAACAUACUUGCCAGAAUGGUCGCAUUAAAUUGUGUCCUUCUUGGCCAAUUUUUGUUUCUUUUUGUUCUUUUCUUAUAUAUGUAUAUAAUUAUACAUAUUACUUUUUCAUCCAUGCUUUGUAUCUUAUGUAUAUUGUUAUAUCUACUGAUAACGUUAAUAUAUUCAAAUUUGCUUUUUUCGAGCGCCAUUUUUCUGCUUGGUUUUUAAUUUUCUUUAUAUUAAAUUUUUAAGUUAUACAAGACAUCUUUUGAAUCUACGAUAACAUUACGAAGAAGAUUGUGAUUGAACAUCAUCAAAUCUAUGCCCCAUUCUUCAUAGCUGAAUAACAUCUGCGGUAGUUGGCGUACUUUCAACAUAACUUGAUUUUAAUUAAUUUACAUUGCUGAAUGCUUAUCUAUAAUCAUCGUUAUUUUAUAUUCUAUAUAUAUAUAUGAUGUAGCUUAAAGAAUUAUGAUCAUUUCCUUGGUAUUUUCAAAAGCUGCUCAUUUAUUAUUGCUUUUAUCAUUGAACCAUUGGAAUGUCAAUUAGCUAAGUUAUGUAUAUACGUAUAUAUGCAUGUGGUAUACAAAUAAGUAUGGCGGCGCGAACAUUAGUUUUUUUAAAUUGUUGUAGAACUAAUAGUAUAUUUAAUAUUGUAAGAUCAGUUCAUGUAGCUAAUUUUACAUUAUUUAAACAACAUUUUAAUAAAUUGGAUUAUAAUCAAUCGAAUUAUUUGAUACCGCAUUCUUUAAAUUUUUCUCUAAAACCUAAUAACCUCAAACAUUUAACGUAUUUUAAGAGAUUCAAACACUCAAAAAAGAAGUCUAAGGGAAUUGAAGAGGAUGAUGAUGAGGAAGAAGAACUUGAUCCUGAACUCCAAUUGUUAUUACAAACAAAUAAAAAUGCUAAGGUUGCGAUUGUUACAGCCCCUUCUCUACGGCUUGAUGCUGUUGUUCACCAUGGAAUGGCUAUAAGUCGAAACAAAGUUGAAGCAGCUUUCUAUGACAGUAAAAUUCGAUUAAAUGGGAAACUAGCACUUAAAAAAGCGUGUCAGGUAACAGUUAACGAUGAAAUUGAUUUCAUUCAAGGAGUAAGCCCAAAAAAUCCGAAAUGCCUCCUUGUUACUCGAAUUACUAUUUUAAAGACAUCUUCAACUGAAACUGGUUAUAAAGUGAAAGUCCUUCGAGAAAAGUCAUUGAUGAUAGAGAACUAUGAAGAACCUUGGAUGCCCAUCUCCAAUGAAACGUGAUAACAAUGUUUACUUUUAAAUCGAGAGAA